AAAUUCAUAACUCGGAAAGUUCUUAAACUCACAAAUCCUAAUUCGUAAAUCAACAGUAUAGAAAGACAGAUAAACCAAAGAAGCUUAGUUAAUCACACUCCAAUCUACUUAAGUACUACUAUAAUCUUUUCAGCCCAGCUUCCAGAUAUCACUCUCACCUCUCGCCGGCGAUCUCCCUCUCACCUCUCGCACAACGGAUUUCCGUCGGCAACAAAUAUGGCUCCACCAAAAUCAGUCCGUUCAAUAUCUCAGCAAGCCUUCGAUGAAUUGGUGAAGGAAAAUAUUGAAGAUCUUGGAAUGGAUUCCACUGAAGCUCUUGAAGACGCUAUUCAAACCCUAACACUCCAAGGCGUUGAUCUCUCUGGGAUUGUGACUAGCAUUUUGGAUUCUGGGGAAGAAAAUCCAGUAAUGCAAUCACUUGAGAAGCUGAAGGAAUUGGAUCGUGAUUGUAAGCAGGGAGACGGGGAUGAGACUGAUGUGAAGGAAAUUAUUGAAUGGUUAGAUAAAUUGAAUGAUGCUUGUCAUGUUGAUGGAUCAGGAAAUACUGCUAUAGCAACUAAGAACGGUGCUAUAGAAUUAGUGUGUUCGAUAUGCGGUAAACUUGGGAGCGAGGGCCUUGUUUCAGCUCUGAAGACAUUGGUUUCUUUACUUCAUGAUCUACAGAGCACUGAAAUAUUUAGGGAGAUUAAUGGUCCAAAGAUGGUUAUGAAUAUCCUAAAAAAUAGGAAAGAAAACAUUAGUAUCUUGAACAGUGGAUUCGCUGUUGUUUCUGCCGCUGCAACUGGGAAUGAGGUCCUUAAGGAGGCAUUUAUGAACUUGAAAAUUGAUGAGCUGAUUCUUCAAUGUCUAAGAGAAUUUAGUAGGGGGAGCAUUCCUUGUGUAUAUGAUGCUGUACGAGUCCUGCUUACCUCUGAUGAUAAUCGUGUUGUGGCCUCUGAAGUUUAUGGGUAUGCCAGAAGGUUUGCAAAAGUAGGAAUUGUUGAAGCACUUGUUGAUUCACUUCAUGAUGGGAUCAAGGCGCCUAGUCUGGUGUCUGCAAGUGUUGCUUUAAAGGCUAUUGCUGUUAAUGAUGAGAUAUGCAGAGCCGUUGCUGAAAAUGGUGGUAUAGACGCAAUUCUUCGAUGUAUAGAUGACAGCAGUGAACAGGGUGAAAAAGUUGUAGCCAUAACCUGCUGCUCCUUGUUAUCUAAGUUGGCAGGAAGUGACAUAAACAAGAGUGCUAUUGUAGAUAAGGAUGGCAUGAACAAGCUUAUGAAACUUGCAACGAGAUUUUCCGAUGAUCCGGCUGUUCUACAUGAGGUCAUGUCUAUGAUAACUGUACUGUCCUUGAGGUUUCCACAUAAUGCUGCAUGUGCAAUUGAAGCCGGAGCUGGUGAUAUUGUUAUCCAAGCUAUGCAGAGGUUUCCAGAAUCAGAGCUACUGCAAAGAAGCUGUUGUUUCAUGAUCCGAAAUCUUGUGGUUAGGAAUCCAGAAAACAGAACUAUUUUGCUUGGUAAUGGCAUUGAGAAGCUAAUAAGAAAGGCUAAGAUGAAUUACAAGAGCUGUAAGAAUGCUGCAACUGAUGCUCUUAGGGAUCUAGGACUAGAUAACUAUUACUUGUGAGGCCCUGGAGUCCAAGCUUAGAUUUUGUGAAAUCCCAUUCCGCCCCCUAAGGCCAUCGGUAGAUCAUUUAUCUAAUCUACCUUCCAACAACCACCAACACCCAAAAAUCAAAGGUCACAGUGCUCCCCAACUCUUUGGGUCCGAAAGGAAUACGAUCAAUGCUGUUUAUGUUUGUUAAGCUCCCUUUUGAAAAUCGCUUGCAGAUAAGCGAAUUCGUAGAGUCUCAAUUAAAAGAGAGUAUGAAUACUGUUGGAACGGCUUUGUGGUUUUGAUUUGGAUUAUAACUCAAAUAUCAUCCGUAUCUUAUUUUACUAUGACUCUCAUUAGGGGUGUUCAUCAUUUGUUAAAACUCAUCCAAAUUGAAAACUGAACCAAAUCAAUUAAACCAUGGGAAAAGAUUUUAAUACAUGUCCUAUUCAUCUUUA